AUGUCUCCUAAAGUUCUCUGCGCCUCCACUGAUCUGCACACAUCCAGAGACGCGGUGACGCGCAGCAGGUUUUCUCCAUCUGCAGCCGGUAGCACUGCAGAGGACUCCGGGGAGAGCUUCUCUCGGAAAGCCCAGCCUGGCACAGGGGGGGAAGCCUCCUCAGGGAAACAUGUGAAACAGAGAAGCAGAGGUGAGCCGCGGGGCCGGCGCAGAGUGAAGGCCAACGACAGAGAGCGCUCCCGGAUGCACAACCUGAACUCGGCCCUGGACGCGCUGCGGAGCAUCUUGCCCGCGCUGCCGGAGGACGCGAAGCUCACCAAGAUCGAGACCCUGCGCUUCGCCCACAACUACAUCUGGGCUCUGACCGAGACCCUGCACAUGGCCGACCAGCGGGGGUACCUGCAGGGGGGGUCAGGGCUUAGCAGCCCGGCCAGUGUCUCCUCAGCGGAGUGGGACUCACCUGCAGAGUGUGCGACCUCAGCUGAGUGUGACCAGAGAAGCUGUUACCCCCCCUCUCAUCACAUGAAGUGUAACAUUUUAUCAAGAGAUCCAUCCAGUGUGUUCCCGGUCACCUUUUAUAUCGAAUCAUUGUGUGGUGAAAAUGACCAAAACUCUUGGCAGUGA